AGGAAAGAUCUACAAUUUUAAAUAUGUGAUCGUUAUUUUUGCUAUAAUUUAACAAAGCUAUUUAAGUUUAUUCUGUUUUGAAAAUAAUGAGUAAAUGUGUGGACACAUGUCUAAGCCACAACGAAACGACAAUAUCAAGUAUCAUACGUAUCACACGUACGCUAACAAUAUUUUGACCAAUUAUGUUAUUUUUAUGGAUAUUUUAGGAAACUCAAUUUAAAUUUUGAACUGUAAAAAAUGUUAAGUAUUCAAUUCUGAUGAAGCAGAAUUUUGUUAUGGUAAUUAAAAAUUAGUGGUAUAUACUUAUCAUUGUGAAGAUGUCCUAACCGUUGACUUGUUGGUGAAGAGCUUUUGAUGAAUAUAUUGAUGACUAAACGGAAGUAUGCAAUUUGAAGAUGCUUGAUUAACCAGACUAUAAAAUGAAAAAUCAAAAUAUUGAAACAAAAUGGAAGACUUAUUGAUACAGAAGAAGUGUUGGGUUCACAAUCUGUUCAAUGGAUGACAGUGCAGCCUCAAGAAAACAGUUAACAUUGACAAAAAAAUAUGCUGUUAUAUCCUGUGGUUUGUUUCAUAGAUUUCUUUUACUUUUAAAAACGUAACGUGAGAAGUGCUUAUUGUGGAUAAAUGUUUUCACUGUUUUCUGGUCACUUUUUCAGUACAGAUUUAAACAAAAACACCAAUCUUGUGACUGUGAAAUGCACAAAAAUAUUGUUUUGAAAUUGACAAACUAAAAAUAUUGGAUUAUAUCAAUGGAUGUUAUUUGUAAGCAUUGUUUGGAUGUUCCUUUACCUCGUUUGAGGGCUUCAACUGAUUUUGUGUCAAUCAAUAUCACUUUACACACAUGGAAAAGGUCAGUAAAUAAACAUAGGGUCUCUCUAUCUGAUGUCUAUGGACAGAAUUUGUAUUUCUGUAUUAAAACUAAUGUUUAAUAUUGCAGCAUUAUAUCAAAACAUUGAUUGGACUUUAAUGUAAUCAGCGUUUGUCGGAUGUUGGCGUUGUUUAUUUAUUAAAAAUGGAUUUGCUGGCCAUUACGUAUUUAGCUGAAGCGAGGCUCCCAAAGAUGAUACCCUAGUUCGACGUUGACGUGUGCUGGACACAUUGUGCAGGCUAUGAAAGAAAACAGCUCCUCGUUUAUUUUAGGGUGUUUUUUUCUAGGUGUAGCAUCAACCCCCAAGAUUUACUCAUACCUACAUUAUGCUGUGACUAGCUGAGACAUUUGGUAAUAUUCACGUCACAUAGUCGAAGCAGCUUGUCUAUGACGUUAUAUUUGUGUGUGAAAGCAAUAAAAUUCAAGUAAAAUAACAUUUUUUGAACAGCUCCAAAGGAACAGGAAAACUAUGGAAAUGAAAGGAGAAAGUUAUGAAGCCAUUUUGGAGAAGAGCCCAGGCUUCAAUAACCCUAACUGCGUCCAAUACCUCUCUGAACUCCUUGGGAUCGCUAACAUGCAUUGCACCAAUUUCGCAUCACUGAGAGGAGGAUUUUCGUCAUCGGAAUAUGCAGAUGAACUACGUCAAGCACAAGCCAGCAAAUGGGCAUUCCGAUCUGUAGCUGAAGGAAUAGAACAUUUCAAAGCAGGAAGACAUUCAGAAGCAUUCCAGUGUCUCAAUAAAGCUCUAAGUAUAGAUCCAAGAAAUGUUGAAGGUCUCGUUGCUAGAGGUGCUCUUUAUGCAAACAGCGGGACAUUCAAGAAGGCUAUAGAGGAUUUUGAAACUUCCUUGAAACUAAACCCAAACCAUGCGAACGCUCGGAAAUAUUUGGGAGAGACCUUAGUGGCACUUGGACGUAGCUAUGAAGACGAGAACAAAAUAACAGAAGCGCAGAAGGCAUAUGAGGAUUGUUUAGCAAUAAUACCGUUUCACGAGGAGGCAAAGAAUUCUUUGGAUUUCUUGAAGAGCAAAACAUCUACAACAAAACCCUUGAUAGAGCCAGACGAGUUACUCUUGCCUGGAUUGACGGGAGCUAAGUCAUUUGAGAUGAAAGAGACACUGAAGCAGUUGUUGAAUCUGACAGAGAAGAAAGAUAAGAAGAAAAAGAAGAAACGCGGGAAAGGAAAGAAGAAAAGGUCCAGCAGCUCGUCAUCGUCGUCGAGCGAUUCUUCUAGUUCUAGCUCAUCGUCUGAGUCAUCCUCAUCGUCGUCGGAAUCAAGUGAAUCAGAAGGCCCUAAUCGUAAGAAGAAACGUCGCUCCCAGUCCAACAACAAGCGACAACGCUCGCUGUCGCCGCUCAGCAAGCGCAUGGCCAUGCUGGGCGAUGCUGAUUCAGCGUCUCGCACGCACAACUCUCAGUUCAACCACCCCUACGGGUACCAGCCGCCGCCGCCGCCCAUCGAAGAGACCAACAACGCGCCCAUGCGAUCACAGGCUGAUAUUGAUUACGAAUUAAAGGUAAGAAAGUUCCUAGAAAUGACCAAAGAAGACUCCGACUACGAGGAGAAAGUGCGCAACUUUUUGGAAGAGACAGCUCAGUAUAAGCGCAACCGCAAGAUGCAGGAGCUCGGCCAACAGAUCCAGCCUGGCGCAGACCACGACAAGAAGAAAAAGAAGAAAAAGGAUAAGAAAAAGAAGAAGGAAUCAAAACGUAAACGCAAAGAGCAAGAAAGGGAAGAGAAAAGAAAGGCAAAAUUAUCACGCAAUAAUUCAGACUACACCCUCCGUGAGUUGGAGAAUAUAAGUGACAAGAAACUAAGGGAUGCUAUUAGGAAAGAAUUGAAAGGAAAAUCCAAGAGGGAUCAAAGUUCUGACGGUGAAUAUGAUCGGAAGCAUGAAAAGAGCCGACUACUAGACGAGAUGCCGGGGCUCGAAGAACUGGAGUCGAAACUCAAUGCGUACCACUCUAUGGUGGAGAAAGAAGUGUUGGGCAAACGCGACGGGCGCGGCUCCAUCAGCCCCAUCGACCAGGCGCCGCCGCCGCCGCUCGAGAAGCCCAAGUGGAAGAUGUCCAUGAGCGCCGUCAAAGAGCCUAGGGUUAAGAAGAAAGAAACCCCAGUACCAAAGGGAUAUAAGGAGCGUUAUGCAUUCGAAGACAGUUCUGAUGAUUCACAAGACCAUCCUAAGCCAUCACCAGGCGACAAGAACGUGUCGGUCCGCCGCGCCAUGGCUAUGAAGGAGCCGCCGCCCUUGCCCAGCGCGCCGCCGCCCAAGUCCAGUCGCGAGCCCGACCCGCCCGGCACCGAGGCGACGCACGCCGCGCACCACCAACAGCACCCACACGCACCGCCGGUCCGCAAAGGCAACAUAGUUCUGGACAAAUUCGGAUCGUUCCGGCUGGCGCAAGAGGGCGAGACGCCCGUGUCGGUACCGGACGGCGGUCGUCCGGAGCAGUUCGUGACGCGCAUCAAGCCGCCCACGCCGUCUGCGCGCCGCCCGCGCUCCCCGCCCUCCCCGCGACGACACUCCUCCAACUCAUCCGAUGACGGACGACGAUCGCCCAAACGAUCAAGGAGCAGGUCCCGUCCACGAAAAUACCGCUUCCGCUCCGGCUCUCGGUCGGCGUCGCGGUCCGUGUCGAGCGCGAGCGGCUCCGUGGCGUCGAGGCGGCGUCGCUCCGCCUCCCCGCGCUCCCGCUCUCGCUCCGAUGCCAGCCGCUCCUACUACUCGCGCAGUCGGUCACGUUCCCGCUCCGUUUCUAGAGAUCGAAUGCGACGAUUCAAUCGGCGAGGCAACUGGCGCGGUCGCGGCGGCUUCGAGCGCGGCACGUACUACCGGCCGCGCUUCCACACCUACAACGGCGGCGGCAACCGCGGCCGAGGGCGCGGCGACUUCCGCCGCGACGACGGGCGCCGCUUCCAGCACGAGUGGCGCGACAACCGCUCCCGAGGCGGGCGCCCCUUCCGCCCCAGGCGCGGCGGCGGCGGCCGAGGACGACCGUUCAGAGGUGGAUUCCGCGACUUCCGCGAUCGCCGCGUCAUCGGCCGCUACUCGCGCUCGCGCAGCCUCGACAGGACUCGCCGCUCCCGCUCCUACAGCCCCGAGAGAAGGGAUAAGGAAAGGGACAGGCUUCCUGUACACGAAGCCGGAGCCGCACCAGCGGCGCCGGAACGCAACCACCGCAGCGAGGGCGAGUACGAGGAGGAGCGCUACGUGGACCGCAAGGAGUACGACGGCAAGUGGGCCGACGGCAACGAGCCCGAGCCCAGGCACGUCGAAGAGAAACCGGAGGAGCCUCCCAAGGAGUAGCCUAGCAGGCGACUGCACCACACCACCGCCAUCACUAGUUCACGCACGGCCCUCGUCAGUCUUUAUGCCUACUCUGAACAUAGCCGCGUUCACAUACGCGCAAUUUUCAGUAGGGUUUAGUAUAAGAUUAAGAUUUUACGUUGAUAAGAUUCGAGCG